AAAAAACAGUGCAAUAUAAUGAUUUAAUUUUGACCAAAAUAAUCUUUUUUCUUUAUCUUUAUUUUUUUUUUUUUUAUAUAUAUAUAUAUAUAAACAAUGUCCCAACAAGCUCGUGUGGAUAUCGUCACUGGUGUUUUAGGUAGAAACCAUCGUACUGUAGAGUUCCCCAAGAACAAUGGUAAACAAGAACUCAUGUCUGAAGUUUUCGGUAAAAACGUGUUUGGUACCAGAGAAAUGUCUGACAGACUUCCUAAGCCUGUCUUCAAGACUUUCUCCAGCCAACUCAAGGGUGGUCAAACCUUGGAUAAGGUCACUGCCGAUGCUAUUGCUCAUGCUGCCAAGGUUUGGGCUCUUGAGCGUGGUGCUACUCAUUUCACUCAUUGGUUCCAACCCUUGAAUGAUUCUACUGCUGAAAAGCACGAUUCUUUCCUCACCUUGAAGACUACCUUCUCUAACGGUCUUCCUGAUGUUACUGCACUUGAAACCUUCUCCGGAUCAGAAUUGUUACAAUCUGAACCUGAUGCUUCUUCUUUCCCCUCCGGUGGUAUGCGUACCACUUUUGAGGCUCGUGGUUAUACCGUCUGGGACACCAAGAGUCCCAUGUUCCUUCAAGAAGGUCCUCACGGAACCAUGGUUCUUUACAUUCCUUCCGUCUUUAUUUCCUAUAACGGUGAAGCUCUUGAUGAAAAGUCUGUUCUUUUGAGAUCUUCCUCUGUCAUCUCCAAGGUUGCAUUGGAAAUCCUUCAUCUUAUUGAGCCUAUUGAGGAUGAUGUUCCUCGCACCAAGGAGAUUUUCACCACUUUGGGAACAGAGCAAGAAUAUUUCUUGAUUGACAGAGCUCUCUAUGCUCUCCGUCCUGAUCUCAAGACUUGUGGUCGUACCUUGAUUGGUGGACUUCCCGCUCGUCAUCAACAACUUGAAGAUCAUUACUUUGGUAAGAUUCCUACUCGUGUCUUGGCUGCCAUGAGCGAAAUUGAGCUUGAAUUAGCCAAAUUGGGUGUCCCCAUCAAGACUCGUCAUAAUGAAGUUGCUCCUUGUCAAUUUGAGGCUGCUCCCAUCUUUGAGGAAGCUAUGCUUGCUGUCGAUCACAACUUAUUGACCAUGGAUAUCAUGCAUCGUGUUGCUCACAAGUACAAGCUCAAAUGUCUUUUCCACGAAAAGCCUUUUAAGGGUGUUAACGGUUCCGGUAAGCAUUGUAACUGGAGUUUAUCCACUGACCGUGGUGACAACCUUUUGAGUCCUACCUCUACUCCCGAAACCAACUACCGUUUCUUACUCUUCUUGGUUGCCUGUCUUAAGGGUGUUUAUGAUCACGGUGAUCUUCUCCGUGCCGGUGUUGCCUCUGCUUCCAACGACCAUCGUCUUGGUGCUCAAGAAGCUCCUCCCGGUAUUAUUUCUGCUUUCUUGGGUUCUGAAUUAAACGAAGUCUUGAACGCUAUUGAAGAAGGUCGUCCUGUCAACAAGGUUUUGGCUGGUACUGAAACCACUCACAUGCGUGUCACUGGUACCACUCUUGAUCUCAAGGUCGCUACUUUACCCAAGUUGAACCGUGAUAUGACUGAUCGUAACCGUACCUCUCCCUUCGCCUUCACUGGUAACAAGUUCGAGUUCCGUGCUGUUGGUUCCAAGCAAUCACCUUCUUUCCCCGUCACUAUUCUUAACUCUGCUAUUGCCUCUGCACUCAUGGAGAUCAGAGAUGAUCUUAAGAAGCAAAAGGGUGAUAAGGCUGUUGCCUCUGAUGAGGAUAUGCUCGUUGUUAUCCGCAAGUAUAUUACCCUUACCAAGAACAUUCGUUAUGAAGGUGAUAACUACUCUGAUGAGUGGGUUCAAGAAGCUGCCAAGCGUGGUCUUCCCAACAUUGUCAAGAGUCCUGAAGCUUUCCAACGUCUUUUGACUCCCAAGAACAAGGAGAUGUUCAUGCGUCUCGGUGUCUUUACCGAACCCGAAUUAGAGUCUCGUUAUCAUAUUUUGUCCGAGAAGUAUACCAAGGAAAUCCAUAUCGAAGCACAAACCCUUGUGGGUAUGCUUAUUGAACACGUUUUACCUGCUGCCUUCAGUUAUCGUCGUGAACUCUCUGAAUCUGCUGCUUUCAUGAAGCAAAUCAGUGCUGAAUCCGCACCCGAAAUGAAGUGGUUGUCUCAAUUAGCUCCUAUCUGUACUGGUCUUCAAGAUGCUGCUGAAAGCUUAGAAAGUGUCUUGGCUGAAGCUCAACAUAUUGAAGAAUCUUUUGCUGCUGCUGACCAUGCCUGUACCAAGGUGUCUCCUGUCAUCGAAAAGGCUCGUCUCUUGACUGAUCAAUUGGAAAAGCUCUGUGCUGAUAAGUACUGGCCUUUGCCCAAGUACCAUGAAUUGUUCUCUACUCUUUAAAUUUCUUUUCUCACUCUUUUAUCACUCAUUAAAAUAAAACAAAUCGCAUAUAUUUUGAAUCAACAAACAA